AGUACAUGAUGAUAAUUCAUACAACGAAUGCUAUGUACUUAUUAGAAUAGUAUAAUUGUUCUCUUGAGAGUUACUCAGUGGUUCCUGUUUCUAAAAAUAAUCAUAUACUUAAUUUAAUAUUAAAAGUUUCACCACAUCAGAGAGGGACUGAUAUAAAUUAUAUAAUGCUAUUCAUCUAUCUGUGUUGAGAAACAGCUUAGAUCAAUUCAAUAUUAUUUUGGUUGUCAUUUGAAUUGUAACGUGUUGGUCAAUGCCUCUAGUGAACUAGGUGAAACAGUGAAUAUCAUUACCACUAGGUAUUACAUAAAAAAAAAAAAAAAAAAAGCAUCAAAUAAUAAAUAUAAUUAAACGUGUUGUUGUUAAAAAAAGUAUUUUAUUUUUUUAAUGUAAAUACAAAAAUUUAAAAUUUAUUUAACCUUGACUUUUUUAAUCAUCUAAAGUGUGUAUUAAUUUUGUGAGUUAAUCAAUUUUAAUUUACGUGAUUUACAUCAAUAGAAAUUUAAAUAAAAAAAAAUAAUGAUAAUUAAUAAAAAACAUAAUUAUUUAUCAAUAAAUAUAAUUUUUUUAUUAUUGUUAAUAUUUGUUGAAUUAUGUUAUGCAAAUGAUGAUUUAUUAAAUACAAAAAUAUCAAAUAAAAAAUAUCGAAUACUUGGUGUUUUUGGUCAUUAUGGAAAGAGUCAUUUUGAUGUAUUUAAACCAUUGUUGGAAGAACUUGCAAAUCGUGGACAUGAUCUAACAGUAAUAUCAUAUUUUCCAAGAGAUAAUAAUUCUGAAUUAUUGAAAAAUUAUAAAGACAUUGGUCUUGCUGGACCAGAUGAUAAGUUUUUAAAUAUUGUUGAUGUUAAAGACAUUAAACACAGUCCAUUAACACCAAUAUUAGAAGUACUAUAUUUAAAUCAACUAAGUGCUAAAAGUUGCACAACAACAUUUAAAAAUAAAAAUGUACAAAAAUUGAUAAAAUCAAGAGAUGUUAAAUUUGAUAUUGUAAUCACAGAGACAUUUAAUACUGAUUGUCAUGUUGCUUUUUCAAGUCAUUUUAAUGCUCCACUUAUUGGUAUCUCAACUCACGUACUAAUGCCUUGGACAAGUAGCCGAAUGAUAAAUCCUGAUAAUCCAAGUUAUGUGCCAUCAAUAUUAACAGAAUACAGUACAAAUAUGAAUUUUCAUCAACGUAUGAUAAAUUCAUUAAUAUUUGUAUUAUCAAAUUUUAUUUAUGAUACAAUAACCACUUGGAAAAUUCAAGAUAUUGUUGAUGAUGCAUUUGGCCAUGACAUUGGACGUCUAUCUGACAUUGCUGCUAAUACAUCAGCAAUUUUAGUAAAUACACAUUAUUCACUUCAUGGUGCCAAACCAGAUAAUCCAAAUAUUAUUGAAAUUGGUGGAAUUCAUAUUAAGCCACAAAAUUUACCAAAUGAUUUAAAAAAAAUUCUUGAUAAUGCCAAUGAGGGUGUUUUGUAUUUUAGUUUAGGCUCAAUGAUUAAAUCUAGCUCUAUGAAUAAUGAAACAUUGAAAGAAAUAUUUGAAGUACUUGGUAAUAUACCACAAAAAGUUAUUUGGAAAUUUGAAACUGAUCGUUUCGAUUGGAUACCGCCAAAUUUUAUCAUUCGAAAAUGGCUACCACAAUCAGCAAUAUUACAUCACCCAAAUACAAAGGGUUACUUGGGACAUGGAGGUUUACUUGGUAUGAAUGAAGGAAUUUCAGGUGGUGUACCAAUGUGUUUGGUACCAUUUUAUGGUGAUCAAUUUGUAAAUUCAGCUGCUGCUAAAAAACGCGGUAUUGCUGAAAUAAUUGAAUGGAAAAAUUUAAAUGCCAAAACAUUAAAAUUAGCAAUUGAUAAAAUUUUCAAUGACACAAGUUAUUAUGAAAAUGCAAAAAAGCUACAAAAAGCUUGGCAUGAUCGUCCAAUGACACCGUUAGAAACAGCUGUCUGGUGGGUGGAAUUUAUUGCACGUGGUAAUGGUAAUGAAUAUUUAAAAACAUCCGCUUCGUCUUUAAAUUGGUAUCAACGAUAUCUAAUUGAUGUUGGAAUUGUUAUUAUUGCUAUUACUUUUUUUAUCAUCAGUAUAAUGUACUAUUUAUUAAAAAUACUUUUGAGAAUAUUUAAAUAUUUAUUGUCAUCGAAUGCUCAUGACGUUAAAAAAACUAAUUAAAAUUUUUAAAAAAUGUUUCUACGAUAUUUAAAUAUUAUCUUGGCAAGUUAAUUGAAUAAAUAAAAAAUUUAUUAUACAUAUUUAUGAUCAGGGUCAAUUCAAUUAGGACAAUAAUUCAAAGAGUAAAGCUAAAAAUUAAAAAUAGAUUUUAACACUUGUUGUUUUUUUAUUUUCUACAUCUUGUAUAGUAUAAAUUUUCUUGUAACAAUAAAUUUCGAUAAACUUGUUGUAUUCCACAU